GUCGUGUUUUGUUGGGUAUUUACUAUUUUAUUCUAUGGUUUGUAGCGUCAUUCAACAAACAAUAAAAUUGAAGUCGAGGAAAAAGAACACCGAAAGCACUUUUUCAUAUUCUAACCUGUUGCAAUCGUUAAAUAUUUAUAUUUAAAAGUGUUGUUCUGUAAACUACGCAAUAUAUAGUGUAUUUAUCUCAUCAUAAGUUUUAAAAUGCCUGCGAGUAGUGUUAACUUUUACCACAUGCAAGAUGCCAAAAAUAAUUUUGACGCCAUCCGGCCUGCACCCAUUUGCAGUGAAGCUAAUUAUUUUAUGGGUCAAUGUCGCAACCUUCACAUAUCAACGAACUGCUAUUAUGGGUAUCACAAUUCUAGUAACAGAUCUGAAAUUAUCCAAGAUACGGAAAUGAUAGAAAUGACCAUUGAUAAUCCAUUGAAGAAUCCGCCAGUCAUUGAAAACAACACAAGGAAGAGGUGUGCUGAAGAAAACGAACAUUCGCGCAGUAAACGACAACGGCAGGAAGUACAAACAAUGAAAAAACAUGGACCUGAGAUUAACGAGAUUUUGAAAUUGGAUUCUACAUCAGAGGAAUUAAUGGCAACCUUAUAUUGGCAUAUUCACGGCGGGAACUUUUAUCAGUGUGUGUGACAAAAUUUCAGACUGACAGUGUUAAUUGACUAUGAUAAAAGACUAUAAGUACUAAGCUAGAAAGUUUUUCUUUCAAGUAUUAUAAUUUCAAAGGUUUUUUCUAAAUAAAGGUAAACUAGGAAAA